CCCUGCCAACAGGCCCGGCGUGCGUCUCCGUUCUCCGACUCUCCCCUUUUGCUCUCUCUCUCUCUCUCUCCCUCUCUCUCCCCCAAAAAAUCGUCGCGGGAAUCCGGCCAUCUCUCCGCAUCUUCCUAUCAAAGGCGGGUACUCUCUCUCAAAUCUUCUCGGCCAUCCAGCCUCUCCGAUACCUUCCUAUCACAGACGGAAACAGUAAUUUUGAUUCGUUGAUACGUUGGUUGAAGUAAAGAUGUCUUCUCAGAAGAUUGAAUCUGGUCACAAGGAUGUUGUGCAUGACGUUGCCAUGGAUUACUAUGGCAAGCGAUUAGCAACUGCAUCUUCAGAUACUACCAUCAAAAUCUUUGGCCUGAGCAGCAGUUCCGGUUCUACCUCCUCUCAGCAGCUCUUGGCAACACUUAGUGGCCACCAGGGCCCCGUUUGGCAAGUUGCCUGGGCACACCCAAAGUUCGGACCUAUUCUUGCAUCUUGCUCUUAUGAUGGCCGUGUUAUCAUCUGGAAGGAAGCAACUCAACAGAAUGAAUGGGUACAAGCUCAUGUUUUUACGGACCAUAAGGCCUCUGUUAAUUCCAUCUCGUGGGCACCCCAUGAGCUAGGCCUCUGUUUGGCUUGUGGUUCUUCUGAUGGAAAUAUCUCCAUCUUCACUGCUCGUGCAGAUGGUGGCUGGGAUACUGCCAGGAUUGAUCAAGCACAUGCUGUUGGUGUCACUUCUGUUUCAUGGGCUCCUGCCACAGCUCCAGGCACACUGGUUGGCUCCAGUCCUCUGGAUCUAGUGCAUAAACUAGCAUCUGGGGGUUGUGACAAUACUGUUAAGAUAUGGAAGUUGUACAAUGGGGCGUGGAAGAUGGAUUGUUUUCCUGCACUCCAAAAGCACUCGGAUUGGGUCAGAGAUGUAGCUUGGGCACCUAACCUUGGGCUCCCAAAGUCGACAAUUGCUAGUGCUUCUCAAGAUGGCUCAGUGGUGAUAUGGACUGCGGGAAAGGAAGGUGACCAGUGGGAGGGCAAGGUUCUGAAGGAUUUCAAAACACCGGUUUGGAGGGUGUCUUGGUCACUGACUGGGAAUAUAUUGGCCGUUGCUAACGGAAAUAAUGAAGUCUCACUGUGGAAAGAAGCAGUAGAUGGUCAAUGGCAGCAGGUUACGACAGUGGAGCCAUAGAAAUAGCUAAUUUUCUUCGAGUGCUUCUUUUUCCGAUUCUUUUUCUUCUGCUACUGUCUUCUCCUUUUUCUUCUUGCUGUCGUUGGUAAGUUGCGGAUGGCUGGCUUUGCCUAAUUAGUUUCUCUUGACACUGCGCUUGCUGGACUAACUGUUUGUUUUGUGGCUUAGUUCAGUAUUGAAAUUAUACGUUUACUCACCAUUUGGAAGAUGAUGAGAAUUAGGAAUCA